AUAUAAUUCAAGGAAAAAACAAUCAAAGCAUUUAUCAAAAGAAAGAGAGAGAGAGGUUGAGAGACGAAAGACGGCUCAGUAAACAAAGUUAAAGUAGAUAAACUCAUAAUUAACAAACAUUAAUAUCCAUCUUCUCAUCCACCUAUCUAUACGCACAUAAAUACAUAUCUUAAUAUAUCUUCUUUUGAACACAAAAGAGAUAUAUACAACGGAAAAAGAAUUUAACCUUGAACACAUUGAAUAUCGAAAACACUUUUGUAUAAUUAAUCUAAAUAAUCAUAGUGAUAAUUAGAGUAAUUAGAAUUUGAGAAGUAAAAAAAAAAAAGAAAGGAAGAGAAUGCAAAAAUCUUUACGUGCAAAUGAACAACAAUUAUACUAUUUAGUGAAUAAAGCACGUGAAAAUGGUAUAGCUAAAUUAUGUGGAAAUUUAUGGAAGAAAAGUUUAGAUACUGGUAAAUGGCAAUUACGCUACUUCAUUCUUUAUCAAAACUUGUUAUUCUACUUUGAUUGUGAACGCGCUGAACGACCAUCUGGUGUCAUAUUUCUUGAAAGCUCAUACUGUCAACCCAAUGUGAAUUUAAAAUCUAGCCGAGAUGAUAAAAUUGGUGGACAGCAAGGGCAUUGCUUUACAAUAUCAUAUCGUAAAGAAGGCGUUCGACAGUAUGAUCUACGCGCAGACACUGAAGAAGAAUGUUCCAUGUGGGUUGAAGCGAUCAAUAGUGCAAGUUUCAGUAAACUUUUAGAGUUAAAACAAGAAGCUGAACAAAAGCAGUUACAUCUUUCACAGAUAUUAGAAACAGAACUGCGCGCUAAUUUCAGUAAACUUUUAGAGUUAAAACAAGAAGCUGAACAAAAGCAAUUACAUCUUUCACAGAUAUUAGAAACAGAACUACGCGCUAAAUGGCACUAUGUAAAACAAAUUGAAGAAUUGACAGCUGAAAUAAAACAAUUAAAAUAUGAGUUUAACGAAUAUCGCAUUGACCGCCGAUUCAAUCUAGAGUUAGAAAAUGAAUCAGAAGAGUUGAAAAAAAUCAAAAAGGUCCAAUCAUUUUUUCGUGGUUGGUUAUGUCGUCGUCGAUGGAAGCAUAUUGUUGAAGAGUAUAUACGUUCUGAGCAUGCAGAAUCAAUGCGUAAACGUAAUAGUAUUGUAUUCGGCCUUGUUGAAUGUGAAGAUGAAUAUGUUCAACAAUUAUCCAUCCUGGUUACAUGUUAUCUAAGACCAUUUCGUAUGGCAGCCAGCUCUAAAAAGCCGAUUGUUACUCAUGAAGAUGUGAAUUCAAUAUUUUUAAAUGCGUAA